AUGACAAGAUGGAAGAGUUCUUCAUCAGGAAAGAGAAUGAUACAAAUCGAAGUUAAAGGAAAAUCAAAAAUUAAAGUUAACUCUAAAAAAGGGAAAAUGCCGAUUACUAUUGAUUUUGGAGAUGGCUCAACCCAAUCACCUGAUUCGAAUGAUGAGGAAAGAACGAAAAAAGGUAAAUACAAAAAAGUAUCUUAUGCCAAACCUAGAUAUGAAUUUGUUCGUCGCAAAAUUAAUAAAGUAAAUCAUAAAAAGAAACUUCGACGACCUAGACUUCGUAAAAGAAAAUGUGUGCAUAUUGAUUAUAAUGAAGAAACAGACAAUGAUAGUGGCGAAGAUGAGGUAGAAGAGGAACAAGAUGAUGGUGAACAAGAUGAGGUAGAAGAUAAUGUCCAAGAAGAUGAGGCAGAAGAUAAUGUCCAAGAAGAUGAGGUAGAAGAAAAUGUUGAAGAAGAUGAGGUAGAGGUGAAUGUUGAUAAUGUACAAACAGACAAUGAAGUAGAGGAUCUUGGAGAAAAUGAUUUGGAAGAGGAUAAAGAUGAGGGAUGUAUCAAUGAAGAAGAGGAAGUAGAGUUAAAUGUCGAUUUACAAGAUGAUGAGGACGAGGGAUCACAUUAUGUUGAGAAGGAUUUGAAUGCAAACAAAAGGAAGGGUAGGAAAAAAUUUCAGGAGAAACGGCUUUAUAUAAGGGCCUCCAAGAAAAAUUUUUACUCGUUUAUGAACAAUUUAUCUAGUAAACAGAAAGCCGACAUAAAGCAAUUAGGGUUUGGUUCAUUGAUUAAGUUCUCCAUAAUGAAUGUCCCAACAAGAUUAGCAUAUUACGUGCUAGAGAAGUUUUCAUCAGAAGAUUCAGUUUUGGAAGUUAAUGGAAAUCUUGUUUUAGUUAACAAAGAAAGGGUGCAUGAUGUCUUUGGUAUACCUAUUGGUGGUAAGAAGAUACCUUACUGUCCUCAGAUUCUUUAUGCCCAUGAAGCUCGAAAGCCUCAAAAUUUUCAAUUUCCUCUUUUCAAAAACUGGGAUUUGGAAUCUUUGAAAGAAAUUGAAAAAGAAAUUUCCAGAAAUGGAGAUUUUGAAAAGGUUACUGAAGAAAUUAAAAUGGUUAUUAGAAGAAAAAUUCGAGACCGAAUGCAUAUGAGGGAAACUCUGAACAAAGAGCUUGUGAAAUUAUUUCAUAAUGGAUUGAGGAUUCGGCCUGAUGAUGAUGAAAUCCUGCACCUUAAACAAAUUUUUGAAGAAAACAUUACAAUGGAAGAAUUUUAUAAUUUCUUACCUGAAGAUGAAUUUGGCGAGGAAGAAUUUUUUGGUACAAAAAAAGGAUUGAGGGAAACAGUCAAUGAAAAAGGUGAAUGUUCAAAUCCAAGACAGAAAGAUGUUACUGGUCUUGAUGAAAAUUUUGAAGGUGAAAUUGAUAAUAUUGCUAUUCAAAAACAAGAUAAACUUCAAAAGAAAACUGUUAAAUUAACUUCAAAAGAAGAUCAAGAAUUAGCAGGAAAAACUACAAGAAUUGAAGGUGUUCGUGAAUGUUUGAAGCAAAAAAAUCAGAAUUCACUUAAAGACAUUCAACACAAACAAGAAAAACAAGAUAAUAAGGAAGGAUGUCAAUCAAAAGAUGUUGAAUAUACAUUUGACAAGGUGGGAGAUGAACAACAUAGCAUGGAAAGAAAAACUAACAGAAUUGAAGCUGAUCGUGAAUCUUUGAAAGAAAAAUAUCAUAAUUCACCUGAAGCCAUUGAACACAAACAAGGAAAUCAAGAUGACAAGCAAAGCAGUCAAUCAAAAGCAGUGGAAUCUAUCUUUCAAAAGGUAGGAGAUGAAGGCCAUGGAAUAGGAGGAAAAAGUACUAGAAAUCAACUUGAUUGUGAUGGUUUGAUGGACAAAACUCAGAAUGCAGCUGAAUCAGACGAACGAAAUCUAGAUAAGAACAAAGUCGACAGAAUUGAAGCUGAUCGUAAAAUAGGAGAAAAAAGUAUUGAAUCUAGCGUUCACAACGUAGGAGAUGCAGAUCAUAAAAUAGGAGAAAAAAGUACUACAGCUGGACUUGAUCAGAAUGACUUGAUGGACAAAAUUCAAAAUCCAGCUGAAGCCAAUCAAGGAAAUCAAGAUAAGAUGAAAGUUGAUCAGCAAAGAAAAAUUGAUCAGAUUUUGAAUAAGUUGAAUUCAAAACGUACCAUAUUGGAAGUUAAUGAUUCUGAAAUCAAAAAGAAGUCAGGUGUGCAUAAAAAGAAAAAGGUUGAUCCUUUUUUACCAAGUUUUGACCUUGGAUUUGACUCACCCGAUAGCAUUGAAGAUGGAGAAAUUCAUGGACAAAGAGACUUAGAUGAAACUCUGAAAGUGAAAGAUCUCAAGUCACUCCCUGACACUGAAAAAGUGUCUCAAAAUAUAUCGCAGAUGCCAUUUUUGAAGGUGUCAAAUUCUGAAGUUUCUAAGAAAGGGUGUGAUAUUAAUGAAAAUAAAGAAAAUGUUCCAAAUCCCUUUCCAAUGGUUAAACGUAACAAAUUUACUACCAAUCAUCUUACAUCUCCGUACUAUAUGAGAGAAGUUAAAGUUAACGAAAUUUUGAGUUCGGUUGAAGACAGAGUUUCAAGUGCCAUAUUCUCAGCUAGGUGUGAUCCAUCUGAUCCAAUCUUUAAAAUGGAUCAAUUGAAGGCUCCGAGAGUUGUUUUUGAGACAAUGAGGCCUGAACAUAUGAUUAUUGCCCAAGUCAUUGAUGUAUGGGCUUCGAUUUUGAAUUAUGAAGAAAGUAAAAGAGACAUGAAAGGAACUGUUAGACUAUUUUGCCAUACUAAUAUCAUUUCACCAGAUAUGAUACAAUUUGAUUCUUCAGCUGAUAAACAAAUGCAAGAUGAAAUUGUAUUUUCAAACAGGAUUGCUGAUAUUUUGAAACAAUAUGGGUUGAAAAGUUUAAAAGAUGUUGAUUUGAGGGAACUUUUUGGUACAUACAUGGCUAUUGAAGAAGCUGUUGUAACCAACUUUGUACAAUCAAAACCCGUCAUUGUUAGGAUGAAUUGGAGAACAAAGAGAAAUUUUAAUGAUUCUGGCAUUUUUGCAAUGAGACACAUGGGGGUAUAUAAAGGAAAUGGUUUGUACAACUUUAACAGUGGUUUUGUGAAUGAAUCCGUGAUAAAAGGGAAUGUUAGACUUCAACAAAAUCAACUGUACGAUUUAAGGAAAAAGUAUGUGACAAAGAUGCUUACAUCAGAUUUGAAUGAAUUGCAUAACAAUGUGACAACUGAGGUUGAAGACUAUUUUAAGAUUCCAGAGUUUAUGAGAAGAAUCCUUGAGAACAAGUCUUCAGCCGAAAUUGAUGAAAGGGUUAAGCAGACUAUGGAAAUUGUCAUUACCCGGUGA